AUGUCUUCUGUACCUUCUCAUCGCGGCACCAUUUCAACGCUGAUUUACAAAUAUGAGCUGCAAACGGCGUUAUACAUGUUGGAACCUUGGGAAAAAUGCUUGUUCAACUUCAUCUUCCUUGGUAUUAUCACACUCUCUGCUUUGACGAUUUUCCAGUAUACCCCCAUGCUGGUGAACAAGCUCACAGCUUAUUAG